AGGUUUAUUAAUUUGCUAAUUAGAGUGGUGAUUCGAACUGGGUCUGAUAUUUAUAUUCUUUCACUUUGGAGUUUGUUUACAGUUCAAAUUUGCACAGACAAGCGAUCUUUUAACUAUAUGUUUCCAGUUACACUUCAGAACUUUGUCCAUUAAUGGCCUCUCUAAGAUCUCAAGAAGCCACUUCUUCUAGGUCUCGCUUUGCUCACCAUGUCCUCUUGAGUCGAGCUUCUGACACCCGCUGGACCUUUUCCGAUCACCUCUACACAGCUCUAGUCGGUGCUGGUUUUCUUACUUUUAGGGUUGAAAAUGAUGAUGAAAUUGAGAGAGAUGAUGAUGUUAAGAUAGGGUUUGAGAGAGCAAUUGAAGAAUCUAGGAGCUGUAUAAUCGUCUUCUCGAAAGAUUAUGUUUGUUCGAGAUCGUGUCUUGAUGAGCUUGUGAUGAUUCUCGAACGCAAGAGAGGGUCUAAAUAUGUGGUUUUUCCAAUUUUCUAUGAUUUGGAUCCAUCACAAGUUAGGAAGCAAAGUGGGGUUGUUGGAGAGGCAUUUGAGAGACACAAAGCUCAAUUUGAGGAUUGUGAGUUUGGGAAGAUUGAAGAGUGGAGGGAAGCACUUAGAGAAGUUGCAGAUCUGGCAGGGCUGGUGUUACAGAAUCAAGCUGAUGGGUAUGAGUCAAAGUUUAUCAAGAUAAUUGUUGAAGAGAUUGCAAAUAAAAUGGAUCGCACAGUUUUGAGUGUUACCCUGUACCCAACUGGAAUAGAUUCUCGUGUAAAAGACAUUAACCUGUGUCUGCAAGAUGGGUCAAGCAAUAUUGGCAUAAUGGUGAUUUAUGGGAUGGGUGGAAUAGGUAAGACAACCAUUGCAAAAACUGCUUAUAACCAAAACUUUGAAAGAUUUGAUGGCAGCAGUUUUCUCGCAAAUAUUAGAGACACUUCAAAACAACCCAGAGGUUUGGUUCGUCUGCAAAAACAACUUCUUUCAGAUAUUGUCAAGCGGAAAAAGGAAAAACUACACAAUAUUGAUGAGGGAAUCAUUAAGAUUAAAGAUGCUAUGUGCUGUAAAAGAGUUCUUGUUGUUCUUGAUGAUGUAGAUCAAUUGGACCAACUAAAUGCAAUAUUUGGCAUGCGAGACUGGUUUCAUCCAGGAAGUAAAAUUAUCAUAACAACCAGACAUAAGCGAAUGCUAAAGGCUUAUGAAGCUCGUGAAAUAUACAAGGUUACAAAAUUGAAAGACACUGAAGCGCUUUGUCUCUUCUGUCGACAUGCCUUUGGACAAGACCAUUCCGUUGAAGCUUACAUGCAGCAGUCAAUAAGGAUAGUAUCCUAUUGCAAUGGUCUUCCAUUAGCUCUUGAAGUCUUAGGUUGUUCUCUAUCUGGUGAAAGUGUUGAUGUAUGGGAAAGUGCAUUAGCAAAAUUGAGAACAUUUUCUGAUGUCAAAAUCCACAACGUACGUCAAGUAAGCUACGAAUGUUUAGACGAUCAUGACAAAGAUUUAUUCCUUGAUAUUGUCUGUUUCUUUGUUGGAGAGGACAAAGAUUACAUGGUUACAAUACUAGAUGGAUGUGUUUUCUACACAGAAGUUGGGGUUCAAAAUCUCAUUCGUAGAUGUCUUGUAUAUGAAGUUGACAAGAAGCUUAUGAUGCAUCAGUUGCUCAGUGAAAUGGGUAGGGAAAUUAUUCGCCAAGCAUCACCAAAGGAACUUGGAAGACGCAGUAGAGUGUGGGAUCACAAGGAUGCCUUCAGUGGAACAAAAACAAUUGAAGGCCUAAUCCUCGACUUGCCGGAACUGAAGGAAGAUAUGCGAACCAAGCAUGCAAAUAAUGCACAACAUCAUUUUGAAGAUUUUCCUGGGAAAUCGACAAUGAUUUUUGAAGGCAGUUCAUCAAAGCGAUGUUGCCUAGGCUUCUUGCCCUGGCUUAAGUUCUUCCUUAAUGGAGUCAGAUGAAGCAGUUUUGGAAACUGAUGCGUUUUCACCGAUGAUCAAAUUACGAAUACUCCAGCUUUAUGAUGUACCACUCAGCAGAGGCUAUGAUGAAUUUCCUAAGAAGUUAAGAUGGCUGUGUUGGCAUGGAUUCCCUUUAACAUUUAUACCUAAUGAUUUUCCGCUAGAUAGCAUGGUUGUUCUGGACUUGCCCCAUAGCAGCUUGCGACAAUUUUGGAAGGGAACCAAGGUUUGAUUAGUUUUUCUUUUCUUUUCUGUUUUUUUUUUUUUUUUUUAAAAAAAAGAACUUUAUUUUGGGAUUAUGUUGACUACUGUCUAGGGCAUACUAAUAUACCAGUUUUUUUAUGGCCGUUGCUCAAACUACUGAAGAUCCUCAAUCUCUCUCGUUCCUGUGACCUUACCAGUUCACCUGACUUCUCAAAGCUCCCUAAUCUUGAGCGGUUGAUUCUUAAAGAUUGUAUCAAUUUGGUUGAGGUCCAUGAAUCCAUUGUGGAACUAGGGAGACUAGUAUUGUUGAAUCUUAACGGCUGCAAAAAUCUUAGGAAAAUUCCAAGGAAAAUUUGUCAGCUUAAUACCCUUGAAAAACUCAAAUCUUUCGGGUUGCUCGAAGCUUGAUGAGUUGCCUACAGAUUUGUGCAAGAUGGAGUCUUUGAGAGAGUUUGAAGCAGAUGGAGUAAAUCUGCUAUCCUCAACCACAGGAAAGGUUAAAUCAUGGCAUGGCGUAAUCAUGUCUUUGGUGUCAAAACCUACUAAAAGCCUAGAAUUUUCAUUGGCUUCUUUACCAAGCUUUUUAGUAUGUCUAAGCCUUGCAGAUUGUGGUAUAUCUGAUGAUUCAUUUCCUAGGGAUAUAAGUAGCAUGCCCUUGUUGCAGGCAUUAAGACUUUAGCAACAAUCCAAUUAGUGGCCUACCGGUGAGCAUAAGAAAUCUUAGUGUGCUCAAACAACUUGAUUUAGAGCGCUGCACAAGGCUCCGCACACUACCAGAGCUUCCGAUGACUUUACAAGCAUUGUCAAUAUAUGGAUGCAAAUGGCAACAAAUCUACCAAACCUGUUGAAUUCACUAAUGCUGAGCUCAUAUGGCUGUGUAAAACUAGUUCAUGUUCAGGAAUUGUUCAAGUUGGAACCCAUUGGAAAUUUUUAUUCAGAAAUGAUGCAGAAUUUGGGCUUGGCUCAGUUGGAAUUGAUGGGAAGUUUUGAGCUGGAACUGUUCAAUAACCUAACGCUUACAAAAACAAAAAAUCCAGUACUCCAGGUGCUCUCUCUCUCUCUCUCUCUCUCAUAUGUGUCAUUAAUAUAGCUAGCAGCGGAGCCACUAUGAGACCAAGAGGGCAUGUACCCCCUCAACUUUUAAAAAAAUAUUUUUUAGUCUAAUGUUUAAUGUUGUCAAUUUUCUCCCUUUAAAAUUAUAUAGAUGCUCUAAAUGUUUCUCUAUUUUUUCUCCCAAGAAACUCGACACACCAUUAACUAGAAGAGGGACAGAUUGACUAUUUGUUUGUUUCACAAUUAAAUCUAAGAAAGCGUUUUGUUU